UUUUUUAUUAUUAUUUUGGAUCUGGGUGACAAAAAAUGGAGUUUUGAUAUGUAGGGCAAGAUAAUAAUGGAAUAAAUCUCUUCUAGAAAUAAGACUCACGAAUUAAAGUCACAAAGAUUUCGAACAAAAGGAACGAUUGGUUAUGGCAGAUCCUUGAGUUGAGAUUGGCAUAUGCCUAAAGAUUGUAUCAUUAUUUUACUUUAUUUUUUUGUGGGUAGUUGUCAAUGGUGGUUGUAGGUGGUGGAGAGUAGGCAGUGGUGUGGGUGGUUUGAAGGAGAGGGUAGGAUGAGGGGUAAUAAAAGAGGGAUGAAAAUGACAUUUUUGCCCUCACAUGAUGUGCAUGUGACUUCACUUAACGCUGAAAAUAAACUGGGUUAGUGAUAAAGGACCGAGGGUGUAAUGGUUUUAAGAAAAAAAGGACCGUGACUGUAAUUAUUAAAGUUAAAGGACAUCCAUUGUAAUCCAGGACGAAAAGUGUAAUUUACCCUAAAUUUUAAUUUCUCAAAAAGUAGUACUUUCUCCUAAAAGGUAAUACUUUCUACCAAACCAAACCCCAGUGGUGUGGUCCACUCUUUUGCCACCACCCAUUUUAAUCAGAUCAAGAUUCAUCAAUCACCUCUACACUUCCCUCAUUUUUUCUUCUUUCACGCAUUUCGUCGAACACCUUGAUGGCGACCAUGCUUUCUUCGGCAUUCGUCAACGAUCACACUGCCACUGACACCACUCUUCUUCUGAACAAUCAUCUUCCUCCCAAGAUCCCCCUGGUCGCAAAUUAUCGACCCAGAAAAUCACUUUAUUAUAAAUGGAGGCUUAAAGCAACCAAUGAUAAGACUUCCAGUGGAGAUGAUGAUGAUGAUGAAGCUCUUCAAGCUGUAAUUGAAAAAUCCAAAAUGCUUUUAGCCAAACAGAGAGCCCUACUUCAACAGAUUGCUGAAAGAAGGGAUAUUAUUACAUCGAUAAACAAUGCCACGGUUAGCUCCGAGAAAGAGGAAAUAGUAUCCGAAGAGGAAGAAAGAUUCUUUAUGGAACCGGAAUCUAAUCCAUAUCGCGGCAUUGUUGAGCCAGUUGGAUCCGCGGUACCAGACAACGUGCUCGUGCCAGAUAAUAAAUAUGUUGACAAUGAUGACGAUGGCAAUGAUGAUGGCAAUGAUGAUGAUGAUGAUACGUUGAAAUCUGGUAUGAAAUUGCCUCCAAAAAGUUAUUUGGAUAGUGAUUUUAAGGAGAAGCUUCAUGGGACGAGUUCAGAGAAAGCUACAAGAUAUGAGUUGCCGCCUUUUGUUUCUGAAUUCUCGACCACUUAUAAAAGUUCAAUAGAAACCAAUGAACCAACAUUGCACCAUGUGAGAGAUGAUGCAGAUGUUAAAAUAGGUGAAGAUGUAAAAUCCCCUCCUUUAGCUGGGCCCAAUGCAAUGAAUGUUAUAUUGGUUGCUGCUGAAUGUGCUCCUUGGUCUAAAACAGGUGGGCUUGGUGAUGUGGCCGGAGCUUUACCAAAGGCUUUGGCAAAGCGUGGGCACAGAGUAAUGGUAGUGGCACCUCGUUAUGGAAAUUACGCUGAACUUCAAGAUACGGGAGUUAGGAAAAGGUAUAAGGUGAACGGACAGGAUAUGGAGGUACAUUACUUUCAAGCCUAUAUAGAUGGUGUCGAUUUUGUUUUCAUCGAAAAUCACAUGUUCAACAACUUGGGCAGUAACAUAUACGGAGGAAAUCGCACGGAUAUUCUACGCCGCAUGGUUUUAUUCUGCAAAGCAGCUAUUGAGGUUCCAUGGCAUGUUCCGUGUGGGGGCCUCUGUUACGGAGAUGGAAAUUUGGUUUUCAUAGCUAAUGAUUGGCAUACCGCUUUAUUACCAGUUUACCUGAAAGCAUAUUAUCAUGAAUAUGGAUUAAUGCAAUACGCAAGAUCUGUCCUCGUGAUCCAUAACAUCGCGCAUCAGGGACGUGGUCCAGUGGACGAUUUUUCGUAUGUGGAUCUACCACCACACUACUUGGAUCUUUUCAGAAUGUACGAUCCAAUCGGCGGUGAACACUUCAACAUCUUCGCUGCAGGACUUAAGUCCGCUUACCAAAUAGUUACCGUAAGUCACGGUUACGCAUGGGAGCUAAAAACCACCGAGGGUGGGCACGGUCUUCACGGGAUAAUUCAAGAAAAUGAAUGGAAAUUAAAGGGCAUUGUCAACGGAAUCGAUAAAAAGGAAUGGAAUCCGAGAUCAGAUAUCCACUUAACUUCAGACGGUUACACUAAUUACAGUUUAGAGACUCUUAACACCGGAAAACCGCAAUGCAAGGCGGCACUUCAGAAAGAGCUAGGCCUACCGGUUCGUGCCGACGUCCCAUUAGUCGGUUUCAUCGGAAGACUCGAUAACCAAAAAGGCGUUGAUUUGAUAUGUGAGGCGAUUCCAUGGAUGGUUAGCCAGGAUGUGCAAUUGGUAAUGUUGGGAACGGGUCAACCCGAACUCGAACGGAUGCUUAGGGAAAUGGAGAACCGGUACCAUGAAAAAGUGAGAGGGUGGGUCGGGUUUUCGGUCAAAAUGGCUCACCGGAUAACGGCUGGAGCUGAUGUAUUGCUGAUGCCGUCAAAGUUCGAGCCGUGUGGGCUUAACCAACUGUAUGCAAUGUGUUAUGGGACUAUACCGGUUGUACAUGCUGUGGGUGGGUUGAAAGAUACGGUUCAGCCGUUUGAUCCUUAUAACGAGUCGGGACUAGGAUGGACGUUUCAUCGAGCAGAGAGCGGGCAGCUGAUUCAUGCACUCGGGAACUGUUUGUUCACGUAUCGAGAGUAUAAAUCGAGCUGGGAGGGGAUUCAGAAUAGGGGAAUGAUGCAGGAUUUGAGUUGGGAUAAUGCUGCUCAUCAGUAUGAAGAAGUUCUUGUUACUGCUAAGUAUCAAUGGUGAAGUUUGUGGCUUGUAUAGUUCAAAAUUGUAGUUAUUCUAAAACAUGAUUCAAAAUUGUAGUUAUUUUAAAACAUGAUAUUAGAAUAUGCUUGAAAUAAGAUUUAAUGUUUUUUGAAAGUG